CGCGCGCGCGCCGUCAGUCCGGCACUCGCAGCCGGUCCGCACGGUCGCACUGCGCGCGUAGCAGCGAGAGAGGCGCUCGCACUCGGCUCGUUUCGUCGUUUUUUCCUUUCCUCUUGCCACUGACGCGCGCCGGUUUCGCAAAGGCCGGAUUCUUUUCGCGAGUGUGUUGCGGAGAGUGAGCGCAUACUGUUCCUCUUUUGAUUUAUAAUUUGGUGCCGAGGAGCAGACGCACGAGUGAUAUAUAUAUAUAUAUAUAUAUAUAUAUAUGCCUGCUGGCUGGGAUAUGACUCGCUAAAGGUGCUCUGCGCUCAUUGCGGUAGGCGAUGUCGAGAGGCUGUGAUUCGAGAAUCGCUGGAGCGGGAGACAUGUGAUCGCGGUGGUGAUUUUGAAUUCGAGAGCGAGGAAAAAAGCAGCGGUGCCUAGCGAGAGAGAAAGCCAUGUGGAAGGGAACGCGGCUGCUGUUAUUGCUCGUGGCGUUGGCCGCGAGGCUGCAGUUCUCGCUGCAGCAGAAACCUCGUCUCGGCGGUGCGGUGAACGUGUUUAGCCGCUACGGCUACCUGAGCAUCAGUAUGCGGGUGGUACCGCGCAACGACAGCGACACCUGGAUCUUCCGCGAGCCGACCCUCGACGUUUUCCGCAAUCCCCAGACGGCCCCGGCGAAGCAGAGCAAGGCCGCCGUCGUCUUCGACGGCGACUUUCACAUGGAGUUCUGCGACAAUGUCAGGCAGCUGUUGCAGGCCUACUUCCGAGACUUCACGUUCGAGCGGCUGGAGAGGCCGUGGCGGGCCUUCACCGGCAGCUGGUCUCGGGCCGCUAUCGCCAGGCACCUGGGCAUCAACUCGUCCUUUAUAACCGGCGACCACUGCUACGUCCUCGUGCGGGUGGCGCGCUUCCGCGAGUCCAAACGACUGGCCACCGGCUCUGGCAUCGAAGCCUUAGCCCUCGACGAGGCCGUCGCACGGGAGGCCGACAACGUGACGAUCGGCGACACCGCCAGUGUCAUCCGCUUCAUAAAGAACUUCGGAUCGCACUACAUCGCCAGCUACGUAACCGGCAACUCGCUCUACCAGGUGUUCGUGUAUACGCCGCAGGUGUACCUGCGCAUCAAGGAGCGGCUGAAGACUCGAGGCGUCGCGGACCUGUCGAGCCUGGAGCUGAGCAACUACUUCUCGCCGUGGUACGCGGAACACAUGGGUGCCAUACAGUCGGCCUCGGGCAAUCGCUCGGUCGAGUCCUGGGCCGUCGAGCGGUUGCGCUUCCAGUACUACAUAUUCACGUACGCGAGCUUGCUGAAGCUCCACGGAGACGCCGCGCUGCUGCGCCAGCUGGACUCGCUCCUGGGCAACGAGGCGCUGCUCCAGCUGCAGAUGCGGACCCUCGCGCCGCUCUUCAAGGAGCCGAAACGCCGCGAGUGGUUCCUCGAGGUCAUCGACAACUACUUCAAGCUCUGGGAGGUCAACAUGUGAUCUGAUCUCGACGGACUAAUGCAGAAUCUAACUUUAAUUAUCAGGACCAAAGCUGCACGCACGCGCAAGCGGGCGCGACGCUCAUGGCGCGAGCAAAGUAGGCCCGAUUAUUUCCUCUUUCUUUUCUACACCCUCUGCGUACUCUGCGAUAGUAAGCGAUUUUUACCUCUGCUGUCUCCAACUUCGACUCGCUCGAGAACAGACUGAACAAGUAUACAAUAUGCACGACGACGAUUUCAAUACGCUGUGCGUGCGCGUUAACAUCGCUGCGAUCAUGAGGGUGUACUUCGCUGUUAUUGUUAUAAAUAAGUAUUUAUUGUAUAAUCGUUAGUAGACAAACAUUUUAUACAAACGUUUUUAAUAUAUCACACAUGCAUUAUAGCCUCGCGUAUAAUGUAUACAUCAUGCUACUAUCACGACGCUCUUCGACGCCGGUAAUAUUCCUUCUGUCGCUCUUUCCCUCGCAGAGCGACACCGGCUAUCUUUUCUAUACUGUAUUAUCUCCAGGACACAUGGCACUUUCGGCUCUGCGCUGCCGACGCGCACUUUUUGCGUUUUAAGUUUCGGAAAAUUUGUUGUAUACGCACUAAUCAGCGAAUCGCCGCAGUUGCACUGCGCGAGUCUCAUUACGUCAGCGAAGCGCGCGAAACAAUGAAAUUACAGGGAGGCACAAAUACCGAGAGGAUUUUACGCUACAUAGCUUCGUUACGUUUCUUUCGAACAGUGCCAGUCAAGUGUAAUGGAAAUUGACGAACUCUAUUCACCGAGCGUCCGGAAAAUUCUCACGUCUUUUCGUGUAUGAGUUUACUUUCAAUCACGAUCGCUUAUUGGUGUGUAUCAAAGGAGACAUGAAAUUCUCACGGACGCUCGCGAGCAUUUUUAGAUAAUUUUUAGACUCAAAUUUUUCUAUUUUUACUGUGUAUGUUAUAGUUAUUUCUUUUUAGAUAUUCUUACAAAAAUGUAACUUUUUCCUAGGCGAUCAACGACCAAUGAUACGUAUUAUUAAUAACUAUUAUUGAGUAUUUAAGCUCGGUUGACACAGCUCAGAAAACGAUACGUCUUUCACGUUGAUGAAAAGACGAUUCCACGUACGAUGUAUUUACUUUUAAUCAACUUGAUUAUGAUUUUGAAUACUGACAUUCAAAUUUUGUAUGCGUUUUAGGGACAACGAAAACAGUUGCUUUUGGUGUCUCUUAUUCGAGAAAGGCUGCUGAAAUCAAAAUAAUAAUCAAACGUCAACGCGUUCACUUUAAUAUACAAUAUCGUUUGUUUUGUAAGCUGUUUUAUCACCUAUAGGCACAUAGGUCUACUUUUCUGACAACUUUACACAGUUAAUUUUGGAAAUUCUUACUUUACAUUUAGAAAACUCUUGAUCUUGUGCAUUUUUGACUAGUUGAGAAAAUAUUGAAUAAAAUUUGGUACCCUACAAAUUCAGUGAGAUAACUGAUCACAAACUGAAGGAAUUUAUACAUUCUGGUGAGGAAAUAAAGAACAAGCUUUUUAAGCAAAAUAUAAAAAUCUAUUCAUUACAAAUUGAUUAUUCAUAGUUGAUUUUUAGUAUAUUAUGUAAAAUAUAUGUGUACAUAACAUUAGAUAAAAUAAUGAUUGUUUAAAAAUAAUUUUCCUCGUCAAAAUUUUCUAACAGAAUGCACAUUAUGCUAAUGAUCUGUUAAAUGAACGCAACAAGCAUGUGCGUUUAAAGUACAAAAUGUUUGUUAAGCCUAGUAAUUGACGAGUAUGUCAAUAAGCUGUGAAAAUCUUACAUAGAGAGACAACAUUAAUCACUGAAAAUAAUGGCUGAGGAUUUCUGUUAAAAAGUAUCCUCCGAGACCAAAGUUCGAUCGAAGCAUCGACGUUCAAAUUGCCUUACCCAAACUUUCAACUUAUGUACACAUAAAGAAUGUUAUGGAGAAAAAUAAUGACUUUUCAUUCAACUGAA